AUGAGAAUCAAGAAGAAGAACACAAGGGGUAAUGCCAAAAACUAUAUCACCAGAACCCAGGCUGUCAAAAAGCUGCAGGUUUCGCUAGCCGACUUCAGAAGACUGUGUAUCUUCAAAGGUAUCUACCCAAGAGAGCCCCGUAACAAGAAGAAGGCCAACAAGGGCUCUACUGCUCCUACCACAUUUUACUACUCUAAAGACAUCCAGUAUUUGAUUCAUGAGCCUGUUUUGGCCAAAUUCAGAGAACAUAAAUCGUUUGCCAAGAAAUUGACCAGGGCGCUAGGUAGAGGUGAAGUUGGCUCCGCCAAAAGACUGGAAGAGAACAGAUCCUCUUAUAAAUUGGACCACAUUAUCAAAGAAAGAUAUCCAAGUUUCCCAGAUGCGCUUAGAGAUAUCGAUGAUGCCCUGAAUAUGCUAUUCCUAUUCGCCAAUUUACCAGCCACGAACCAAAUUUCUGCCAAAAUUACCCAUGAUGCGCAGAAAUUGUGUAACCAAUGGUUGGCCUUUGUUGCGCGUGAGAGAUUGGUGCGGAAAGUGUUUGUGUCCAUCAAGGGUGUCUAUUAUCAAGCUUCUGUGAGGGGGGAGGACAUCAGAUGGUUAGUCCCAUUCAAGUUUCCAGAAAAUAUUCCCUCUGACGUUGACUUCAGAAUCAUGCUUACUUUCUUAGAGUUUUAUUCUACCUUGUUGCAUUUUGUUUUGUACAAGUUGUACACGGACAAUGAGUUGGUUUACCCACCAAAACUCGACGUGGAAAAGGAUAAAAUAAUAACCGGUCUGUCUUCCUACAUCUUGGAAUCUCAAAAUGAGGAAUCCGUCUUGUCGAAACCAAAAUUGUCCCAGCCUAAGGAUGACGAGGUCACCGUGUUGGACGAAAAGGCACUGAGCUCCGCAUUGAAGGCUGAUGUUAGUAAAGAACAGCAAGACGCAAAUGGGGAAACUGAAGCUGCUUCUGACGAAGAGAACGUGAAGGACGUUGAGCUAGACGCUUUUGAAGAUAACAGUAAAAUAAAGGUGAUGUUCUGGUCCAACCAAGUCAAUUCGACUCCCCCAGUUUCUACCUUGUUCUCUGACUUCGUCUUCUACGUUGGCAGAGAAGUCCCAUUGGAUAUUGUUGAGUUCUUGAUUUUGUCAGCUGGGGGCAAUGUCGUUAGUGAGGUUGCGGUAGACGAGUUAGAAUCUAAGGACGGUAUUGAUUUAUCCAAGAUAACACAUCAAAUUGUCGAUAGACCAGUGUUGAAGAAUAAGGUUCCCGGAAGAACAUACAUUCAGCCACAAUGGAUCUUUGACUGUAUCAACAAGGCUGACCUUGUACCUGCAAACCUGUAUGUACCAGGUGAACCGCUACCUCCUCAUCUAAGUCCAUGGGGUGAUUCUAUUGGUUACAAUCCAGAAGCCAACGCCGAGAAGGAAGAAAAUUCUGAAGAGGAAGAGGAAGAAAGUGUUUCUGAAGAGGAAGAACAAAAUGAAGUUGCAGAAGAUCAAGACCAAGAGCUGGUCGUUGGUGAAGACGAUGAUGAGGAAGCCGCUGAAUUGGCUGCUCAGAAAGAACUGGAAUUGGAAGCCCAAGGUGUACCAUUUAGCGAAGUUAAAAAUCAAGUGAGUAAGCAAAAGCCUAAGGGAAAGAAGAGAAAGGUUACAGAAGAGGAGGAGGAGAAGAACUUGAAGUUGAUUAUGAUGAGUAAUAAGCAGCGUAAGUUGUACAAGAAGAUGCAAUAUUCCAAUUCGAAGAAAGAUGAACAAGUCGAGAAGUUAAAGAGCAAAAAGAAGCAGAUUGACAAAGCCAAGAAGAAGCUGAAUAAAUUGAACGAAAAGUCUUAA